UCUGGGCCUGGGCAUCCUAGUGCAAAAUCAUGUUUUAUGUGGCAACUGCAGAACUGAAUUUCUUUAAUCUGUCUGAUCCUAAAGGUUUGUUAAGGUAAAGAAUUCGGAGGAGACAGAGGAACAAAUGAGGAAUGGGAAACAAUGCAGAUUAAAGCCCAGGACUUUCCUAGAUUUCUGGACAUGAAACAAUCAAGUCUCAUCCAAAACUGUUUAAAUACAAGGUUAAAUUGAUCUAGGAGCUCAUCUCACUAUAGGCCAAGUUAAAGCAGUCUAAGUUAUACAGAAAAUAAAAUAGACAGUUUAUCUUUAUGAUAGCUAAAAAGAGAGCCUAUUUAUAGAAAAACAGCUACCCUGGAAUACCACUACAUCCCCUCCUCCUCCACAGAAAUGUCUUAAAAAUAACUGGUACAAUGGAGCUCUCGGAGUAUGUGCAGAAAGGCUUCCAGAUGCUGGCCGAUCCCGGCUCCUUCGACUCCAACACCUUCACGCUUCUCCUCCGGGCGGCUUUCCAGAGUCUGCUGGACGACCAGGCGGACGAGGCCAUGUUAGAUCACCCAGACUUGAAACAUAUUGACCCAGUGGUUUUAAAACAUUGUCAUGCAGCAGCUGUAACUUACAUACUGGAGGCUGGAAAGCAAAGAGCUGACAAAUCAACUCUAAGCACUUAUCUAGAAGACUGUAAAUUUGACAGCGAGAGAAUAGAAUUGUUUUGGACAGAAUAUCAGAAUAAUAGGAAUUCCCUAGAAAUCCUACUGGGAAGUAUAGGCAGAUCUCUCCCUCAUAUAACUGAUGCUUCUUGGCGUUUGGAAUAUCAGAUAAAGACCAAUCAACUUGAUAAGAUGUACAGACCUGCAUACUUGGUGACCUUAAAUGUAGAGAACACUGACUCCCGAUCCCACCCAGAGAUUAGUUUUAGUUGCAGCAUGGAACAAUUACAGGACUUAGUAGGAAAACUUAAAGAUGCUUUGAAAAGCCUGGAAAGAGCAACUCAGUUGUAACUUGGGAAAGUUAACGAUCUGCCCGGAUCUAGAGGAAGACCAGGAACGUCUUGCCGUCCGCUGAACCAUCAUUUCUGCAAGCUGGAUGUCUUCCUUUUCAGAACAGAUUUUUUUCUUUUGGAUUUCUGUCACUCAUAAGUUUUGACACUUUAUUUUUUUACACCUCUGGAAGGGUUAAGAGGGAAUUUCUGCCUAAGUAUUUGAAUCUUUAGUAUUAUCCGUACACUUGAUCCCAUUUGAUCUUUUCCACGUCUUCCAAAAGGAAGUAGACAGUAUUACAUUCUGAAUAAAUAAGUUGUUCCCACAAAAAAAAAAAAUAACUGGUUCAGGAAUA